AUGCACCCAGCGCUCGGCAACCCCCGCUCGGUCUCGACCUCGUCCGGCUCCUUCCCCCAGCCCCCCGCCGCCGCCCGGCUGCAGCCCCUUUUCCUCCGGGGGGCGUCCUCCCGCGGCCGGAGAGGUUCGGGCGACAGCAGCACCAGCACCAGCACCAGCCGGGGGGGAGGCGGCGGCAGACGCGGCGGGGGCGGCGGCGGCUCCCCCAGCAGCAGCACCGGCGCGGAGCGAGAGGACGACGACGAGAGCAUCAGCAUCAGCAAGCCGCUGGUGCCGGCUGCCGCCUCCGGGCUCCAGGGGCCCCCGGCUCAGGGGGGCGCCCCAGCCGCCAACCCAGCGCCCGCCGCUUUCUCCUCCUCGGUCGCCACCUCCUCCUCCAGCUCCACGCCCACCUCCUCCUGCAGCAUGACAGCCGCGGACUUUGGCGGGGGCGCUGCGGUCGGGGCCGUCGGGGGCUCCGGGGGCCGCUCGGCUGGGGGCGCGGGCGGCCCCGGGACCGGCAGCGGCACCUCCUGCUGUUCGUGUUGCUGCUGCUGUGGCCGCCCAGCCCGCCCGGGCCGCAGGGGUCGGCGCCGCGGCUGCGCCCCCAGACCGGGGUGCCGCUGGGGCUACCAGGCGCUGUCCGUGGUGCUGCUGCUGGCGCAGGGCGGUCUGCUGGACCUGUACCUCAUCGCCGUCACCGACCUGUACUGGUGCUCCUGGAUCGCCACCGACCUGGUGGUGGUGGUGGGCUGGGCCAUCUUCUUCGCCAAGAACAGCCGGGGCCGUCGGGGCGGCGCGGCGAGUGGCGCGCACAACCACCACCAGCACCACCACCACGCCGCGCCCACGCUGCACCUGCCCGCCCCAUCGACAGCCUCCGCCGGGGCUGCGGCCGGGGCCAAGGCACGCGGCGGCCGCGGGGGCGCGGGCGGCCCGGGGGGCGGCCCGGGGACUGCUGGGGCGGCGGGCGAGUUCGCCUUUGCUUACCUGGCCUGGCUCAUCUACUCCAUCGCCUUCACGCCCAAGGUGGUGCUCAUCCUGGGCACGUCCAUUCUGGACCUCAUCGAGCUGCGCGCGCCCUUCGGCACCAUGGGUUUCCGUCUCACCAUGGCGCUAUCCGUGCCCCUGCUCUACAGCCUGGUGCGGGCCAUCAGCGAAGCGGGCGCCCCGCCUGGCUCGGCGGGACCUCUGCUCCUGCAGCCCCAGCAGCACCGCGCCGCCGGCUGCUUCCUGGGCACGUGUCUGGACCUGCUCGACAGCUUCACCCUGGUGGAGCUAAUGCUGGAGGGCCGCGUGCCACUACCCGCGCACCUGCGCUACCUGCUCAUCGCUGUGUACUUUCUCACCCUCGCCUCGCCGGUGCUCUGGCUCUACGAGCUCAACGCCGCCGCGGCAGCUUCGUCCUGGGGCCAGGCCUCGGGUCCAGGUAGCUGCAGCCGCCUUCUGCGCCUGCUGGGUGGCUGCCUAGUAGACGUGCCCUUGCUGGCGCUGCGCUGCCUCCUGGUGGUGAGCUACCAGCAGCCCCUCUCCAUCUUCAUGCUCAAGAACCUCUUCUUCCUUGGCUGCCGCGGCCUGGAGGCCCUGGAGGGCUGUUGGGACCGGGGGAGUCGGGCCUCCCCCAGUCGGGCCAGAGGGGGCUACGGCGGUCCGCCCUCUGCUCCACCGCCACCGCGGCCACCUCAGGGAGGCUCCCAGCUCGGCCACUGCAUCUCGGAGAACGAGGGGGGUGCCCAUGGCUAUGUCAACACCCUGGCUGUGGCCUCCCAGAAUUGA